UUUCUCUUUCCCACCCAUCUUCACCAUUAGGACAUCCCGACGUACGCACACUCUAAACGCCAUGGCUGCCAAUGUUCCGGGCAUCAUUUGGAGCGCCCUCAGGGCCCUCAAUCUCAACGAAGUGACCAGAGAUACCACAGCCCAGCAGUCCUCGAGUGAAUCCGGUGACAGGCCUUACGAGCCCAGCCUUGUUGACAUCGCCUUGGUCAAGGCAAUGCUCAUUCGGGCAAAGAAGCUGCCUCCCGACCUCGUCGAUGCCGUAUUAGACAUGGCCGAAUACUGGGCUCACUCAACGACGCGGCUGGAUGAACGCAUCGGCAUCCUUGGUGGCAACGAGGAGAGGGAAAACAGAUUUCUGGCACGGUUGCAGCUUCGGUCAUAUCCCCUCGGCCUGGUGGACGCCGGAGUCCGUCAAAACGCAAACGACCAGCCAUAUACCACUACCCUUCCUACACCUCGGCCUCUGGGCAAAGCUCUCGACGCCAGCUUCUUCGCCAAGUCAGCCAAGUAUCCUGUGCCACGCCUCGCUCAUCCCGCGCGAAAGAUCGUCUUCAGGAUCAGAAGUCAAGAUCAAGGAUACGUGAGCAAUCCAGAGGACGCCAAGGAGCCUUACUCCAAGUCAUGGACCUGGUUCGACGUCGGACUCGAGAGGUUUGAUGCUGAUGGCGCAAAUGAUGGAUCCGUACCUUCGGUCAACUCACUUCGGCCUGUCCAGCCCCCAAUUCGACAGACUUCCUCUGACCCGGUUGGCUAUAACUACACUCAUCAGCUGCUGCACUCUGCAGAGUGGGAAAUCCAGAGGAACCAGACGGCCCUCAAGAAGUGGCAAGAUCACGUCAUCACAUGGUCCUACCUCGACGAUAUUGAUCCUGAUUCUGAGGCGGGGAAGGCUCUCGAAGAAAAGGGCAGAGGGCGCGCCACGGGGAAUGGAAAGUUCGUGAGAGAGUUGCAGGUGGGUGACGUGAUUACGGUCUGGGGUAAAGCUCGGUUCCCCGGAUGGUGCAACAGGGUCGAGUCUGUCCAGAUUGAUGUGUAUUGGGCGGUGUGA